AUGCUCGCUGUCCACACCGGCAGCACCGAGAGCGGCGACUUUCAGUCACGACAGAGGCACAAAAAAGGCCGCGAGCUUAUAUCAAAAGAUCUCGGACCCUUGAUGAUAUUGCCCGUGACUGAUACAGCCCAGGCUGGGGCGAUGUGUUUCUUUGAGCAUGCUGCGAUCAAACACCUAAGCAAGUACCAACCCUGCGACUCAUGGCAGAAGACUCUCCUGUUCUUCUCCCAAACAGUGCCAUCAGUGAGGCAUGCCGCCAUGGCCCUGUCCAUGCUCCACCGGCGCCACAUCGACCGCGACCGCGACCGCGGGCGGACAUCACCAUUUUUUCAAAGCUGGCUGCCCGAUGAGGCCGCCUUGUUCCACUACAAUCGCGCUAUACAAAUCCUCCUGCACGGAGAAGGCGGCGACAGCACCCAAACAACAGCCGUAACCCUUGUGGUUUGCUAUCUCUUCACUUGCUUUGACCAUCUAGCGUGCAGCUACGUCCAAGCAAUCAAACACCUUCGUGCCGGUGUGGAGCUCUCACGCAACAUCGACAAGGCGAAUACGAACACGCUGAUCUGCCAGGUCACGAAACAGAUCCGCCGUCUCGACAUGCAGGCCGUCAUGUUCCUGGUCGACUGGACUCCAGUGGAUGUACAAGAGCAACACAUAUCCCAGCUCUCACCUUGCGAUGGUGCCUUUCUGUCUCUUGAGCAAGCCGCCGACCACCUGCAGGUUCUUGUCGCCCGCGUCAUGAGUCUGCGCAACGCGGAGCAGGAAAUGUCCGCAACGGGUCAGGUAUCAAAGCCGCCGUCGUCCUGCAAGGAAAUCAUUUUCGAGCAGUUGAAUGUAUGGCUAGGCCUUUUCGGAAAUAUGCAACAACAAAAUGGUUUUCAUGAGACCGAUGCCGGCUCGGACCCGCUCAUGUCACUACUGCGUCUGCACCACAUCAUGGCAUGUAUCCUCCUCAGCAGUGCCGGAUCUGGCAGGGAACUGGCCUAUGACGAGUUUCUGCCCCAGUUCCAGCAGUGCCUGGCCCUGGCGGACGACGUAGCGGCGGCGCAUGAACAGUGUUCGGCUUCGUCACAGCCGACGUUUACGCCCGAGGUUGGCAUUGUCCCAGUGCUUUACAUGAUCGGGGUCAAAUGCCGGCAUCCCAUGGUUCGGCGCAAGGCCGUGAGCAUUCUGCGACGUCGGCCCAUACGGGAAGCGCUUUGGGACAGUAUCUCCGCUGCCAGGGUGGUGGAGCGGGUGAUUGAGAUUGAAGAGGGCGACAUGGUACGGAGCAUGGCACAUAUUACCUCGUGGCAGAGGAUAGAGACCGUCUCUUGGGUGCAUGUCGUUGGCGGACAGUCUGCAAGCACCCUGGCCAUGGAGUAUACUUUCUGCGCGCAGGAGGGAACGUUUGCUGAGUCUCUCGUGAUAUAA